AUGGGUCUUCUGAGCUUGUUCAAAGGAUCGGGCAAUGUCUCGAAGCAGGACGUCGCCAAGAUCGAAAAAGUCGUGGAAGUGUGCGACCGUGAGUGUGAAGACUGUGCGCCAGCUGAGGAUGUUGCAGAGAUGGAGAAAGAUGAGGCCAAGUUUUCCAAGCUGAAGGUCGAGCAGGACGCCUCGCUAUUUGGAUCGAGUAAAAGUUCAAAGCUCCACUUCGUGGUUCCCACGUCUCAGACAGACUGGGAGCACGACGCGUGCUAUGAGAAGAAGGGCUCUGUGCAACACAAGAUCGCCACGUGGGUCGAGGACAACAAGUCCAGGUUCCCACAGGGCGAGGGCGAGAACAUGAGCUGCAACGUGUCGUCGUUGCCCAUCGACAUGCUGGACAUUGAGGUGAUGCGCGGCACCAAAAACGACGUGUUGGUUUUGCCACAUUUCCUCUGGAUCAAAUCGUUGGAGGUCGGCCACGUAAACUCGCAGCUGGAAGUGUUGGUCCCGCUGCUUUUAGCCAACCAACGCGACGAGCUGCUCGCGCUUGAUAACAUCGAGGAGGCCAAAGAACGCUCGUUUGUAUUCUUGUGCUCCCAUAAGACGCGCGACAAGCGCUGCGGCAUCACGGCCCCAAUCUUGCAGAAAAUCUUCUGGCAACAAUUAAAGGAAAACGGCCUUUACCGUGAUGCUUCUGAUUUCAGACCUGACGGAUGUACGGUGGCAUUUGUGAAUCAUGUGGGAGGCCACAAGUUUGCUGCGAACGUUAUUAUGUACUUGAAGCCUUCGCAUUCGCUAAUUUGGCUCGGAAGAGUCGCACCCAGGCACAUACCAGCCAUCGUCGAGCUCAUGAUCGUACCUGAGAAACCGCAGCUUCCUUGGCCUGAGAAAGUCAGGUGCGUUCAGAAAUAUUCUUCGUGGUGA